UUACUAAACUUCCUCUUUUUGACUGAGAACAAUCCCCCCGGUUUAUCCCGCUGCUUUUCAAAUAGCAUCCUUUCCCUUCCGAAUCUCUUAAACCCCUUCCAGCUUCGGCUCAGCCCUGAGGGGGCGGCCGCGGGGCCUUUCCGCGGCCUACCAGCGGCCUCGCCCCGCGGAGCGGCGGCGGCGGGGCCCGGCCCGUGUCCCCGGGCCCGAGGCGGGGCCGGCGCAGGCAGAACCAUGGCGGUGGCGGCGGAGCGGGCCGCCUUCAGGUUCGUGGUGCUGCUCUUCAACUGCCUCCUCACCUUCGGGUCCUACUUCUGCUUUGACAUCCCCAGCGUCCUGCAGGAGCAGUUCCAGGGGAACUUGUCCUGCCCCAAUGGAACCCAUCACAACAGCACUGGGCAUAAUAGCACGCGGGUCUGUGUUGAAGGUUUGGGAAUGACACCUGCACAAUACAAUUUGCUGUAUGCGAUCUAUGCUUGGACAAAUGCAGUGGUGGUUAUUCUGGCUGGAUUCCUGAUUGAUAAACUAGGAAAUCGCUUUGGUGUCUUUGUUUUCUCUCUUAUGACUGUGCUGGGAUCAUCAGUCUUUGCUGUAGGAUCACAUUUCAAGGGGUCACCAUACCUCCUACCAAUGAUGCUAACAGGAAGACUGAUCUUUGGCUCUGGGAAUGGGUCACUUACUAUUGUGCAGAAUCGUAUCACAGCCUUCUGGUUCAAGGGGAAAGAACUGGCACUGGCAUUUGGACUGACUCUGUCUUUCUCACGUCUUGGGAGUGUCCUCAACUUCUUCUUCACCCAGCAGUUUGAGGCAAAAUUUGGAAUGCAGUGGACACUCUGGGGAGGUACCCUGCUCUGUGUGCUUGGUUUUGUUUCAGCCCUCACAGUCAGUGUACUGGAUAAAGUGGGCAUGAAGCAACUGGGCUUGGAUGGGGUUAUCCAGCAAGAAUCCAAAAAAGUGCGGAUUCAGGACAUCCAGCAACUUCCCCUUUGCUACUGGCGCCUGGUCCUUACCAUCAUGUUCUUCUACAAUGGAGUCUUCCCCUUCGUCGCAGACGCCAGCAAGUUUAUCCAGGAUAAAUAUUCUGGUUACAGUCAGCAGGCAGCCGCUUAUAUUGCUGGGGCAGUGUAUGACAGCUCCCUUGUUCUCUCUGCAACAGUUGGCAUAUUAAUUGACUGUGUUGGACUGAGGGGCAUCUUCGCUGUUGGCUGUGCUGCAUUGACUCUGCCAGUCUUCGCUCUCCUGGCAUUUACGUUUGUUCCUCCGUUAGUCUCCACCAUCUGGUUGGGGAUUACUUACUCCUUUGCUGCUGCUAGUAUGUGGCCAUCUAUACCUCUUGUGGUCCCCCAAGCAACUUUAGGGACAGCUAUGGGGCUUGCAACUUCUGUGCAGAUGAUUGGAGUUGGCCUUUCAAAUCUGAUUGUUUGACACAUUCUAGGAACGAAGUCCAGUGAAUUAAAGAUCCCCCUGUGGCGCUGGCAACAGAUGAUGAUCUUUAUGUUGGCAAACACUAUUGCAUGCCUUGUUGCCUCGAUUAGCCUCAAUGUUGUGGACAAGAAACAGGGUGGCACACUGAACAGAACAAGAAAGGGAGCACCUGUGGAGCAGGACAGAGGCCCUGCAGAUGCAGCACCACUCCUUGAUGAUGAAACACAAAAUGAUGGCUCUCUCAGCUGAACCUGUGCAGUGUGAGAACAAUGACAGCUGCCAGACACAGCACUGAUCGCUUCUGUUUGAAAGGGGGUUUUUAGCCUGUGUAGUUUAAACAUCUUUAAAGAGAAUCUUGAAGGGAAUUGUCUACAGAAAGGGAACGUUUCCACUUUCUUAUGCCUGGUACACAAGUGAAGUGUGUCUGCUGCAUGGUUCUUAGGCAUUCUCCAACAUACAGAAACCUGCGUGAGGCACUUUAAUAACUACACUACAGUAAGUGAAAGUAUCCGAGCCUGUUGAGAAGCCAUUAGAUAGCUGCUUUUCCAGCUUGCAUCAAAACUGCCUGUGCAAGGUGUGCCUGCCUGGUCCACCACUGUUUCCCCAUCACAAGGAUCCUGUAUGUCAGCACUUGAUAAUCCACGUGCCUUGGUCGGCCUCCUGCUUCAGUUACUGCUCUGGAUUAGCAUGCGUCCUUCACAAAUUACAUAUCCAUGCAAGUGACACCAUCAUUAUUCUUUGGGCAGGAGACUGAAUUAAUCAAGUUGAUUACCUUUUGCACACAAGCCUAGCUUAAUUGCUUAUUACUUUAAUAGAAAUGCUUCUGUAAGCCAUGCCUAUUCAUUUGCCUUCAAAAGCAUAAAAGGUUUUGAUCUGAAAUCCUGUCCUUUAAACCAGGGUGCUCUUACUCAUAAAUGCUAGAGGCUUA